CACCGUCAGUGAUCUCGAGGCCUGGGACACCCGUCAACAUUGACAAUCAUCAACGGGCACCUUACGGUAAUCAGCCAUGUUCACAACGUCCGCUCCUUAGCUUGUCGACCUCCGUUCUACAAGUGCCAACAUGGCCAAUUUGACGUCGACCUUCGACGCCCUUUUAAAGGGCCAUGAGGUCCCUCCCACAAAACCUUUUAGCCUCGAUACGGCCGACGAGUUUCUCAAGGAAGCAUAUCGAAUAAACUCGCUCAUCGCCCGCCUGCACUCUGAGCUGCGCAACUUGCGCCAGGCAUAUCUCUCGACCGCCGCCCCGCGCAAGAUACACCUGCGAACCACCUCGUCCCGCUCAGCACCGUCCCAACAACAUGUCCUCCUCACCGACCGCGACCGCGAGGAGAUCGACGCCAACGCAAAGAUGACGCUGCGCGACGUCAAUGCCUGCAUCCGCGCCCUGGAAGACGCCGAGCAGUUGCGGCAGAACACCGAAGCGGCGCUGCUCCGGAAGCGCAUGUCGCGCGGCCUGGGGAGCGUGCUCGGGUCCUGGUCAGCCGGCACCGGCGCCGGUAUCCGCGGCGAACAGGCCGCGCUCGAGGCGGCUGCCCGCCAGCUCGGGGCUCACCGCGAGAGCGUGAUUUGGUUCCUGCGGACUCGCCUGCAGGAGACGGCCCGGACGCAGCAGCAUAUGAUGGAGACGCGCCUGUCGAGGGAGAUGGAGAAGAACAGGAGCGUGUUGGCGAAGGCUAGGGGUCCGGUGAUGGCGUCGCCGUCAUAUCAUACGACGAUCCAUGGCGGGCGGAAUGUCCCCGUGGGCGUCGUUGUUCCCAGCGGUCUGGGCUUGUCAGUGCAAGAAAAGGAGGAGCGGAAGAAGCCGGCGGUGGAGAAUCUGACGGACGACCAGAUGCAACUGUUUGAGAAGGGCAACCAGGACAUGCUCAAGCACCUCGAGAGCACGCUGGAUAAAGUCAGGACGGCUGAGAACUCGCUCAUUGAAAUUGCAGAACUUCAAAACAUGCUCGUCAGCAACCUCGCCACGCAGUCGGCGCACAUUGACCAAUUGGUUGCCGACUCGUUCGAGACCACCGAGGGCGUCGGCAAGGGGAACAAGGAGCUCAAGAAGAGCGCGGCCAAGGCCAGCCCUGCCCGUUACACCUUCUUUGCCGCUGUGGGAGUCUCUACCUUUCUCAUCUUGUGGGAUUUGAUAUUCUAGGUUCCAUCACUCCUGGCGUGGUGUGGGCCAUGGUACGAGGAGGCCGGAGAUUAUCACGUCAUUCCUAACCAUCAAACUACAAUGACAGCAACAACUUCGGCAUUACCAGACCCUGGCGGCAAGCCAUCGCCCUUAAGCUGAUCUGCCCACAUCGCCCCAGCCGUGACCCAGCUUUCAAUACCAAUCUCCCUUCUUCUUCUUCUCGUCCCUGAGCCAGUCUCCAAGCACCAUCUCACUCGAAAACUGCUCCUUUCCUAGACAUACGGUACCUCACCAAGGCAGCAUAUCCGCCCGCACCUAUAAACAAACGGGAGCCCUGACACGUGUUGGACAAAUCUCCUUCAAAGUUCGCCAUGUGGUGUAAUUCGAGGUCAGCUACGUGCUCUCUCUUUUUGAUCCUGAGGGCGACAAGAAGAACGUGAGGUCGGUUUCUCUCAUAUGGGACACGAAGGACAGGAAACUUCCAAAUGU